AUGGGGAGGACCUCACGGGGAGCAAUCUUUAAAGGGAGCACCUCAUGGGUGGGAUGUCUUGCAGGCUGGACCUUGCAGGGUGAAGCCCUAAUGCAGGAAGUGGGCACCUGGCUCCUGGUCUGUACCUGUAUCUGUACCUGCGUCUGCUGGGGAGCCUGUCCCCCAGGUGAGGACCAGUUGCUUGGGUGGGUGGGGCCUGGGCUUGGCGCUGUUACCUGCCUUAACAACAACAUCCUCCGGAUUGACUGCUACUGGGCAGCCCUGGCACUGGUUCAGGACACUGACCCCUUUCUCCUCCUCACCAGCCACCACGCCCCAGGCAGCAAACACAGGUGUGUCUUCCGAGCUAGUGCCUGCUCUGUGGAGCUGCCUCCCGAGGAGGUCCUGGUUCCUAGUGACAGCUUCACCAUCACACUGCACUGCCAUGGUGCUGGGCAGGAGCAGGUCAGCCUGCUGGAGGCCCAGUAUCUGCCCCGGAAACACGUCAAGCUGGACCCCCCAUUUGACCUGCAGAGCAACGUCAGUUCUGACUACUGUGUGCUGACGUGGAGCAUCAACCCAGCCCUGGAGCCCAUGGGUGGGCUCUUUGCUUAUGAGCUGGCCUUCAAGAGACAGGAAGAGACCUGGGAGUGGGCCCAGCACAAGGACCACAUUGUCGGGGUGACCCGGCUCACCCUGGAAGCUGUGGAGCUGGACCCUGGCUCCACCUAUGAGGCCAGGCUGCGUGUACAGAUGGCCCAGGAAGAGGGCACAGCUGAGGAGGAGCACUACGAGGGCCCCUGGAGUGAGUGGAGCUCAUCCGUGUACUUCCGUGCUCCCCCAAGAACAGACCCCCGGACUCCACCCUGGGGAUGGCCAGACAACACACUAGUGGUUGUGCCACUCUUUCUUCUGCUGACGGGCCUGACCUACCUUCUGUUCAAGCUCUCACCCAGAAUGAAGAGGGCCCUCCAGCAACAUGUGCCCUCUCCAGCUGCGUUCUUCCAGCCUCUCUAUGCGGUGCACCAUGGGAAUUUCCAGACCUGGACAGGGGCCCACCGAGUGGGUCUGCAGCUGAGCCCAGAGGGUGCCAUCACCCAGCCGGGAGCCCCAGGACCCAGCUGCCGAGAGGCUGUGGCCUUGCUCAUCUGGUCACCUUCCUGCUUGGUGGAGGAGAAGGGCCCAUCUGCCCUGGUCUCAGAGGAUGUGAUACCAGCAGGGGUCCUGGAGUGGGGGGAACAGCCAUCCACCUAUCUGCCACAGGAGGACUGGGCCCCUGUGUCCUCCACCAGGCCAGGCCCCCCAGACUCAGAGGGCAACAGUGAUGACUACUGCACCCUGGGCUACUAUGGGGGAUGCCAGCCCUCAGCGCCCCCAGGAUUCAUGCAGAGUCCUGCUUUGGUCUGCGGGCUUUCUUGGGACCAGGGGGAUCAGGGGGACCUGCACAGAGGCUCCUAA